AUGAGGGAAAAUACGUGGGAAACAGUGGAUCCAGGAAUACCACCCACGGAUGCAGCACCGCUUGCCAAAUGGAAUGAAAGGAACCAAAAAGCCUGCGGAACAAUUAAGUUGCUAGUUGAGAAAGGUCAAAGGCACCACAUUGUCGAUAAGAAAACGACGAAGGAAAUGUGGGUGAUUUUGAGGGAGCAUAAUGAGGAAGCUACCUUGUCAAAUAAAGUGGCAAUUUUAAGGCAAAUCUACGAUUUAAGGCUUAAUGAGGAGGGGAACGCGGAGGAGCAUUUGUCAACUCUGUGCAACCUAGUGAAUCAGGUAACCGCACUAGGCAAGAACUUUGAGGAUGACGAUAUCGUGGCGAUAAUGCUCAGCAGCCUUCCCGAAUCCUACGGCACUCUCGUGAUGGCAUUAGAAGCUAGGCCUGAGACUGAUCUCACUCAGAGUCUAGUGAAAGGAAAUAUAAUUGCCGAAUGGAAAAGGAGAUCUAAUCCGUCAAAUACAAGGUCUCCAGAGUUGGCAUUGAAGACGAAUAAUCCACAUGAAGGUAAUCAAAGUUGUUUCCUUUGUCACAAAAAGGGUCAUCGAAAGGCAACUUGUGGAAAAUUUCUACUCUCGAAACAAAAGCACAACCCGAAAGGUGGGAUACAAAAGGCGUCCACAGCCCAAGCUGACCAUAAGGUAAACAGGGACAGUGAGGAUGGGAGUGGCAGAGACUAUGCUUUCAUGGUGUCAAGCAAAACAACAACAUCGACUUGGUAUUUCGAUUCCGGUGCCACUAAGCACAUGACAAACUCCGUGAAUUUCUUCACAAAAAUGAACACGAAUUAUCGAUCGCAAGCACGUGUGGCAAAUGAACGUGUGUGCGAAGUGUUUGGGAUCGGUUCAGGUAUAAUCGAAUGCCAGAUUCAUAACGGUGAAAAGAGAAAAAUUGAACUUAAUAAUGUUUUGUACGUUCCAUCUUUUGACAGUGGGUUGAUAUCGGUAAGGAUUCUUGACAAAAAGGGAUUUAAAGUCAUAAUAAAUAAAGGACGGUUGCCUGCAUAUAAAGGAACAAGUGAAUGUAUGAUAGGUGACUGGAGAGGGCAAAUGUACGAACUGAGACAAAUAGAUCGUGCUUACAGUGCCCGCGUCAAACAUACAGAAAACUGUAUACACACUUGGCACAGGCGAUUUGGGCAUCGGGAUCCAGUGCCUAUUAAGGCGUUGACGAAUGGCGGUAUUGCUGAGGGGAUAAGAAUAACAGAGUGCUGCAUCAAGAAGCUCUGCGAAAGCUGCAUACAGGGCAAGGGAAAGUCAUCAUAA